AUGGCGAUCACCCUGGAGGGCGAGGAGGUUCAUUCGGAAUAUGAUGGCCAGCAACAACGUGAUGUCCUAGACAAAGUCGAAGAUGAAGAGAAGGUCCAUCUUGAAAAUUCGAAUUCACUUCCUCCAUAUGAGAAAAAUGCCGAGUCCAAACAUGUUGAUCCCUUCGGAAACGAGGAUUCGGCUGAUGUGAAAUAUAAAACCUUGACUUGGUGGCAAUGUGGACUACUUAUGAUCGCCGAAACUAUGUCUCUGGGCAUUCUGGCUCUUCCAUCUGCUGUUGCAGCAUUGGGAUUAGUCCCGGCAAUUAUUGUUCUCCUGUUCAUUGGAUUGUUGUCGACAUACACUGGAUACACCAUUGGCCAAUUCAAGCUUGCAUACCCGCAAGUCCACAGUAUGGCUGACGCCGGUGAGAUUAUUUUGGGAAGAUUCGGGCGCGAGCUGUUAGGAGCUGGACUACUCCUAUUCCUCGUCUUCAUCAUGGGAAGCCAUAUCCUUACGUUCGUCGUAAUGAUGAACACCCUCACCAAUCACGGAGCCUGCAGCAUUAUAUUUGGCAUUGUGGGGAUGAUUGUUUCACUUGUCCUGACACUACCACGGACCUUGGCGAAAGUCUCCUGGCUUUCUAUUGUUUCAUUCCUGAGCAUUUUUAGCGCCGUCAUGCUCACGAUGAUAGCUGUUGGCGUACGAUCCUCUGGAAAUGCUGUUGAUGCGGUCGUCCAGACCAAUCUUUACCGCGGAUUCCUGGCUGUCAGCAAUAUCAUUUUUGCCUAUUCUGGCCACGCCGCAUUUUUCGGAUUUGCAUCUGAGCUUAAGGAUCCCCGUGAUUAUACCAAAUCCCUGCUAACACUCCAAAUAACCAACACCACCUUCUACACCACUACGGCCGUCGUCAUCUAUCGUUAUGUGGGAAAAAAUGUUACAUCACCCGCCUUGAACUCAACGGGACCCCUCAUCAGCAAAAUUGCAUACGGGAUUGCUUGCCCGACUAUCGUCAUCGCCGGUGUCAUUAACGGGCACGUUGCAUGCAAAUACCUUUACGUGCGAAUAUUCCGCGGAACAAAUCACAUGUCUAAACGGAGCUGGCUCUCGAUUGGGACCUGGGUUGGCCUCGUCGGCGGGCUCUGGGUUGUCGCCUGGAUCAUCGCGCAAGCUAUUCCCGUCUUCAACAAUCUUCUCAGCUUGAUUACCGCCCUCUUCGCAAGCUGGUUUACCUUCGGUGUGAACGGUAUGUUCUGGCUCUUCCUAAACAGAGGCCGGUACUUCGCCAGCCCUGGAAAGAUAUUCCUGACCCUCCUCAACGUCUUCUGCGUCCUAUCCGGAGCACUUAUUUGCGGACUCGGCCUCUACGUCUCCGGCAGAGCGAUCAGCGAAGAUGAUGGUGCCGCUGGUGGCAGCUUCUCCUGCGCCAACAACGCCGUACAUGUAUGA